GCAGUGCGAGCGAGCUGUCGCAUUCUCGCUCUUUCGAGCCGGCCUGUGGAAGGAGCCGCCUGACACUGGAUUUGUUUCUAGCCGCAGUUAAGCGAGCAGAGACCCGUUUAAACCGCCGGUUCGGAGAGAGCUUGCAAUUCAACAGCUGCAAUCACUCCCUAUCCAGCGUCCAGUCAACUGUCUCGCUAAUCAGACUCCAUCGCUUGGCGCCACCAUGUCUCGUUUCUUCGCCACGGGCUCAGACACAGAGUCUGAAGAAUCGUCUUCGGGAGACGAACUCGCGCCCAAACAGGCAGGAGCCACCUACGCCAAGCCAGCGAUCUUGCUGAGCGAUGAGGAGGAGGACACUAAGAGAGUGGUGCGGAGCGCCAAGGACAAGAGGUUUGAGGAAUUAACAAAUCUGAUCAAGACCAUUCGCAAUGCCAUGAAGAUUCGAGACAUGUCGAAAUGCUUGGAGGAGUUCGAGCAGCUCUGCAAAGCGUUCCUGAAAUCCAAGAGCAUCGUGGACAAAGAGGGGGUGCCCACCUUCUACACGCGCCUCCUAGCCGACCUGGAAGACUACCUGAACGAGCUGUGGGAGGACAAGGAAGGCAAGAAGAAAAUGAACAAGAACAAUGCGAAGGCUCUGAGCACCCUGAGACAGAAGAUCAGGAAAUACAACCGAGACUAUGAGGCUGAGAUCACACGCUACAAAGAGAACCCUGAGCAAUCUGCUGAUGAAGAGGAAGAAAAAGGUGAAGUUUCUGAUGACUCUGCUGACAGUACAGAGGAGAAGGAGGAGGGGGAUGUCGUCAUGUCCGCCAGUGCGUUCCUGAAAAAGAGCGCUGAGGCUCCUCCUGACCCUCGGAAGUUCCUGAAGGGAGAGGAUGAUGAAGAUGACUCCUCUGAUGAAGACUGGGGCCCCGAUGAGGACAGCGAUGACUCGGAGAGCGGCGACGAGGACGGGAAGAACAUCUCCAUUGCAUCCCGCUUCCUGAAGAUCCGGACACCCAGUGACGAGGCACAGAGUGCGAUCGUGAAGAAGGAGGACAAGGCCAAGAAGAAGCAGGACAGGAAGAUGAAGAGAGUGGAGGAGGAAGAGGAGGAGGGGGAUGGGGCAGAGCCGGAGGGAGAGGGGGAGUGGGAGAAGGUGAAGGGAGGAGCACCCAUGUCCAAGGAAAAGCCCAAGAUGUUUGCUAAGGGCACAGAAAUCAACAAUGCCGUGGUGUUGAAAAAACUGCAUGAGAUCCUGCAGGCCAGAGGAAAGAAGGGAACAGACAGGGCUGCCCAGAUUGAGAUGCUCCACACUUUGGCCACGAUCUCCGCUGAGAAUAACCUGGGGCAGGGGGUCCUGGUGAAGAUCAAGUUCAACAUCAUCGCCUCCCUGUACGACUACAAUCCCAACCUGGCCACUUUCAUGAAGGCUGAUAUGUGGAAGACGUGCCUUGACUGCAUUGACGAGCUUCUUGACAUCCUGUUUGAGAACCAGAACAUCUUCAUCGGAGAAAACAUCGCGGAGGACAGCGAGAAUCUAGUCAUCUCAGACCAGCCCUUUAGGGUGCGUGGUUGUAUGCUGACUCUGGUGGAACGAAUGGACGAAGAAUUCUCCAAAAUCAUGCAGAACACCGACCCCCACUCCCAAGAGUACGUGGAUAACCUGAAGGAUGAGGCUCGGGUGUGCCAGAUUGUGGACCGGCUCCAGCAGUACCUGGAACAGAAGGGCAGCACAGAGGAGGUGUGCCGUGUCUACCUGCGCAGGAUCAUGCACACUUACUACAAGUUCGACUACAAGGCCCACCGCCGCGCCCUCGCCAGCCAGCAGGGGGCGGAGGAGUCCAAGUCGGAGCAGGACCAGGCUGAGAGCGAGGGGGAGGACAGCGCUGUUCUGAUGGACCGGCUCUGCAAGUUCAUCUACUCCAAGGACCGGACCGACCGGAUCAGAACCUGUGCCAUCCUCUGCCACAUCUAUCACCACGCCCUCCACAACCGCUGGUACCAGGCCCGGGACCUGAUGCUGAUGAGCCACCUGCAGGACAACAUCCAGCACGCAGACCCACCUGUGCAGAUCCUGUACAAUCGCACUAUGGUGCAGUUGGGAAUCUGUGCGUUCAGGCAGGGCAUGAUCAAGGACGCCCACAAUGCAUUGCUGGACAUCCAGUCCAGCGGCCGAGCCAAGGAGCUCCUGGGGCAGGGGCUGCUGAUGAGGAACAUGCAAGAGAGGAACCCGGAGCAAGAGAAGAUCGAGAAGAGGAGACAGGUCCCCUUCCAUAUGCACAUUAAUCUGGAGCUGCUGGAGUGCGUGUAUCUCGUCUCCGCGAUGCUGCUGGAGAUUCCCUACAUGGCAGCGCACGAGUUCGAUGCGCGCAGGAGAAUGAUCAGCAAGCAAUUCCACCACCAGCUCAGAGUGGGAGAGAGACAGCCACUGCUGGGUCCUCCCGAGAGCAUGAGAGAGCACGUUGUGGCCGCCUCGAAGGCCAUGAAGAUGGGAGACUGGAAGACCUGCCACGCCUACAUCAUCAACGAGAAGAUGAACAGCAAAGUGUGGGACCUGUUCCCAGAGUCACAGAGAGUCACCGAGAUGCUGGUCAGGAAAAUCCAGGAGGAAUCUCUGCGUACUUAUCUGUUCACCUACAGCAGUGUCUACGAUGCGAUCAGUAUGCGGAUGCUGUCCGAGAUGUUCAUGCUGGAGCUGCACACGGUCCACAGCAUCAUCAGCAAGAUGAUCAUCAGCGAAGAGCUCAUGGCUUCGCUGGACCAGCCCACUCAGACGGUGAUGAUGCACCGCACUGAGCCCACCUCCCUGCAGAACGUGGCCCUCCAGCUCGCGGAGAAACUGGGGGGGCUGAUGGAGAACAACGAGAGGGUCUUCGACCUCAAACAGGGCAUCUACGGGGGCUACUUCAACAGGGAGCAGAGAGGAGGAUACCAAGGAGGCUACCAGCAAAGGCAAGGUUACCAGAGAGAUCAGAGAGGAGGCUACCAAGGAGGCUACCAACAGAAGCAAGGCUACCAGAGAGAUCAGAGAGGAGGGUACCAGAAGCAAGGUUACCAGAGAGGUAGACGAUAUUUACGAAUGGUGCUGUACUCCAGGAUAGACAGGCUUGGCGCGGGACUUCGCAUCGUUGAUUUGUUUGAGCAGGAAUUUGGUCAGGACCCAUAGAAGUUCUACAGCGUGCUGGUUUUGUAUUGGGGGGGGGUCUGGAUUCAGCAGGUUUUGCUGUAGCUGUGAAUCUAUUGAUCGGUCUUGAGGGUUCUCAAGACUCUGAUUAAACUGCAGGACCGUUUUAUGCGGUUAUUGAGGUGGAACUUGGUAUGGGACCCCCUUCAGCGCACAAGCUGAUUAGGAUCAGAAUUCAGGGUGUGUCUGUCACAAUUACAUUUAACAAUUUAUAUUAUACUGGUAGAGCUUAGUCUUUUUUUUCUCCUUCCUUUCUUUCGUUCUUUCUUUCUUUGAAACAGCCUGACUAACAUUGGGGUCUAUGGGGGAGAAACAGCCUGUUCUUUAACAUUGGGGUCUAUGAGGAGAAACAGCCUGUUCUUUAACAUUGGGGUCUAUGGGAUGAGAAACAGUCUGGCUUUCCCAUUGGAGUCUAUGGGGGUAACCACCUAUAUAAAAAAAAGGGUUACAUUAUUAAACAUUAUUUAAAAAGCCCUUUUUAAAUGUUUUUUUUUUUUUUCAAACAUUAUAAAACAUUUUUUUUUUUUUUUAAUUAUAGUAUUUUCCCAUUUAUUGCACUGUUUUUAAGACUCUAGAACCCAUCCAGUAAGCGUUGCAUUGCUGUGCUGUAUCCUUGUGUUACUCGGCAGGCUGUAGGUUGCAGGGGCACACGUCUAUUAAAAGCUAGUGUUGUGCGAUGCCUCGAUACGAUACCACGCACGGCAUCAUGAUAUUCAGUACUGUCGCCGUACUUUGGGGCUUCUGUCCCAUUAUUUGUUAAAUGGCUGCCAAACUGUGCAAGAGGCUGAUACACAAUUAGUAAGAGGCGCAGAACGCUUGCGGUUUAAUUAUAUUUUUCUGCUGAAAACAAGGUGGUGUGUAUUCAGAGGUCGUUGUCACAGACUGUAAAAUGAAAUCUGGGAAGAAAGGACACAGCACUUAAAGAGAAUGCUGCCUUUUACACUGUUGCAUAUAAAGAGAGAACUGGGUUUUGGCUAGUUUCAAAUAUAUCUACAAGAAAUUAUUUUUCUCUCUCCUUUUUCUGUCUCCUCUAUUUCUGCCUGUUUCUCUUUCUCUCCCUUUCUUUUUUCCUUUCUUGUU